AUGGUGUCGUUUCUCACUAGCGAUGCUAUCUAUUACUUAAUUGUUUUCGCCAGUUUAAUCGGAAGCCUUGUAGCCUUUCGAAAUAUCUUCUCGCUGUCUUGUCUCCGAGUGACUGAUCAGGGUCUGGAUUUCUACAUCUACUACAAUCCAGUAUUUGUCAUUUCAAUCUGUCUCUGCUUUCUGGCAAUUUUGGACAACGAGUGUGUGCCUGGACUCUCGAUGUGUAUGGACUCAUUGCUCGGAGCAUGUCACUUACAGCUGGCCAUCAAUUGGUUGGAAAUAGCAAGCAACGGAUACCAACUGGUAUCAGAUGUUAAGCAUCUUCAUGUCUUGACUGUGUUCGCAUUGGUGUCAUUUUUCGAACUGUUUCUUACCGGCUUCGUGACCGGAAACGAUACUUGUGACACCCGGGUUGACACUUCACGAUUGACAAACCCUUCUACAAUUUCACUGCUGAUGAUGAAGACUCAUCUGUUUUUCGUGGUUGCAGAUGUGAUGUUUAUUGUUGUGAUGGUGAAAUGUGUCCGAAAAUGGAAGUGGUACAAAAAGAAGUGGGCUGAAACCAAAAGUGACGCCUACGCUUCGUUCACGCCGCGAGAGAUCAAAUUCAUGGCAGCCCACAUGAACAACAUGCUCUUGGAAAGCAUCUGCGGAAUUGUUAUUUGCACCUGCAGAAUGCUACCUCUGGUGUUACAUGUAUUCAAGGCACCAGCUGUAAAGUACGAAAACGAUGUGAUGAUUUUGGCUAUUUUUGUCACCCAAAUUAUUCAAUACAAGAUAAUGAAGUAA